AUGCGUAUCACAAACGACUUUGAUGAAUGUCACGCUGAUGCUUACAUGCUGGAUGUGGAGCCAGCCCCGUUAACACGCAGCUUCAUGAUGAACGACCGGUUCAUGCUGACGGACAUGGCGUUGCAUCGACGGUGAGAUUUCCGAUUUUUUAGGGAUUAAUUUUUUAGAAUUUUUUGCAAUUUUAUGCUAUUUUUUAUUUAUUUUUUAAUUUUUUUGUCCUUCCUCUGUUAUUAUUUUUAUUUUUUUUUGAUUUUUUAUUAAUUUUUUAAAUUAAAAUUUUUUUUUUUUUUUUUAAUUUAAAUUUAAUUUCAGCCAAAACCAAGCCUACGAAGAGCUGAAGCGUCUGAUUUUAUUUGCCGGCAUCUUCUUCUUAUUUAUGAUCAUUUUUGUGCUGAUCAAGUUUAAGGUAAGUUGUGAUAUAAAAGUCUCCGUAAAAGCUCAAAAAAUGGAGAAACACAUAAAUUAUGAGUGUCAUAAAUUAAAUAUAUGUGGAAAACAGAUAAAUUAGACGGGGAAAAAUCUAUUUUUUUUAAGAUUUGAUUUGUGUUUUUGGCGGUUUUUGAAGGAGAUUCAGCUCUUUCUUAGCAUUUAUAUUUAAUAAUAUAAAUAGAAAUAUUUACAGGGGAAGUACUCCAAGUGCGACGCUCAGAUUUUGAUGAAACUUGGUACAAAUUUAGAAUAAUUUUUUAUAAGAUAUAUGCGAGAAUCCCAGCUUGCGCUUUGCAGAAACAACCGAGAUUUUCAGAUCGAAACUCGGCCAAAAUUUUGGACUUUUUGACGAAUUUCGGCACGAAAACUUUCAUGCCUAUUUCAAGCGUAAAGGAUAAUGUUUCUACAAAAAAUCAAAUUUUUCCGCGCGAAACUGCCAAAGUUAUGGCCAAAAAGCGGUUUUCUCUCUGACCGCUCUCCACGUUUAGCGGGCUCUCUCGGCGGCAAAAAUCGGUCGACAUCUCGGCGGCGCCCGCAAAGCGCGAGCCAAAACUUUCAGGAAUUGAUAUUUAGUCCAUACCCGACGUGUGUGCAAAAUUUAAAGAAAAUCUGAGCGUCGCACUUGGAGUACUUCCCUUGUUAGUAAAAAGCGAAUGCUCGCCGUCCAUCAAGUUUUACAAGGGAAGUACCCAAACUGCGACGCUCAGAUUUCGAAAAAACUAAAAUUUCCCUGACCGACUCUCCUCGUUUCGCGUGCUCUCUCGCAAACAAAACCGUUGAAAAUCUAAGUUUGCGCUGGAAAGCACGAGCUAAAAAUUUCGGAGAUUCAUUGGAGGGGUAUAUUGAAUAUUUAUGCAAAAUUUGAAGCUACCCGAAUCGUAAAAUACGAUUUUUUUAAACUUUUGUAUCAAAAUUUGUAUCAAAUAAAUAUUAGAGGAAUAUCGACAUUUUUUAGAGUUUAAAAUUUUUGCCCAUUAUUUUUUGAAACGCGUAUCUGCAAACAUUUUUUAAAAAUUCAAAUUUUCCCGCGCGAAACUGGCAAAGAACCAGUUUUUAAAAAACUUCUCUGACCGCUCUCCGCAUUUCGCACACUCUCUCGGCGUUCGUCGAAUAUCUCGGCAGCCCUUGCAUAGCGACAGCUGAAAUUUUCAGGAUUUGAUAUGUGACCUACACACUAUAUGUGUGAAAAAUUUGAAAGAAAUCUGAGCUUCGCACAUAACGCAAUUCCCUUUUUUAAACCUGCGUAUUCUCACUUUCCAAGCGCCAAAAAUCACUCGAUUCCCAGUCGAUUCCGACUCCCAGAAACGCUGCGAAAUUAACCAAAGCAUUAUAAUUCGAGUGGAGAAGCCCGACAAUUUACAAAAAAAAGGGAAGGGUCGCGAACCAAAUUUCACGAACAUAACACCCGGUAAUUCGAAAAAGGCAGAUUUUCGCCUUGUAACCGGUAAUCGCCUCGCCCAUGCUGCCCCAUCUCUCACUGCUGCUGGCGUUCAUUUUGAUUGUCCGGGCGGCCGUGCACGGAUUCGCCAACAAUAAAGUGGGUUUUCGGAGAUUUCGGAUAUUGUACUAGACAAGUGAUGCCAAAAAAUUGGGCGAAAAUCGAUUUUUAUUGUUAAAUUUUAGGGUAGAACUUUCUGGAAAAGUCUUACCCAUGAUUUUAUUUGAUUUGACAUCAAAAAUUGCGCUUUUACUCUCCAAAAUUUUUUAUAUUGCACUAAGCGACAUGACUAAAACCGGCUCAAAGACUGAUUUUUAUUUCCAAAUUUGAAGGUAGAACUUGCUGGAAAGUGAUAAGGCGUUUUUUUUUGUUUAAUUUGACAGCUGAGUUUGCCCUUUUUCUUUUAAAAAAGGGUCAAAAAAUACAUUCUUGAUGUUGUAGUAAACAAUUGAUGACUCUGGGAAAAACACUGAUUUUAACAGUCGAAUUUUGAAUGGAAGAUUGUUUGAAGACUAUUUAUCGCUCCUUUUUUAAACUCUAAAUUAAAAUUUUGGUCCAAAAAUAGUUGGAAAGACCAUCUUUUUUCGAGAGAGUACGGAAAAUGCGGACGGUCGGCCAGACAAAACACGUUUUUCUUUCAUAUUUUUGCGACUUUUGUGCUCAAAAAUAGAUUUUUUGUAGAAAAAUUGUGCUAAAUUUAAAAUUCUCAGCCCAAAAAAUCGAGAUUUUUCGAUUUCCCGGCCAAAAAAUCUUGAUUAUCUUGAGAAAUCGCAAGCUGAAAAUUUCAAAAAUGUCUUGGAAAAUUGAAUUCUAGAUUUGCGCCAAGUUUUGUCAAAAUCGGAGAGAUUUUUUUCGGUACCUCCAAAAAAACUUUUUUUUAAAUUAGAAAAUGGCCUUUUACUGCGCUUUAAUACAGCGGCGGACCUGAUCCAGCGACAAAAAACGUACCAUUUUGCAUCCGGGAAGUAUCGAAAACGCAGCAAAAUACCUCCUUCUAAAAGCAAAUGCAUUUUGCUGCGUUUUUGAUACUUUUCGGAUGCAAAAUGGCACGUUUCCUGGCACUGAAUCAUGUCCGCCACUGUAUUAAACCCAGUAAAAGGCCUUUUUCCAAUUUUACAAAAAAAAUUUUUGGAAGUACCUUAGAAAAAAAAUCUCUCCGAUUUUGACGAAACUUGGAGCAAAUCUAGAAUUCAAUUUUCCAAGACAUUUUUCAAACUUUCAGCUUGCAAUUUCCCAAGAUCAUCAAGAUUUUUUGGCCGGAAAAUCAAAAAAUUUUGAUUUUUUGGGCUAAAAAUUUUAAAUUUAGCACAAUUGUUGUACAAAAAAUCCACUUUUCAGCACAAAAGUUUUAAAAAUAUGAAAGAAAAAGGUGUCUCGUCUGGCCGACCGUCCGAAUUUUCCGUACUCUCAAAAAAAAAAAAAAAAAAAAAAAAAAAAAAUAAUAAUUUUUUUGAGGUACCCUAGAAAAAAUGUCUCCCAUUUUGAUGAAACUUGGCACAAUGGCAGUAUUUUUCAUCUUUUUUACACUUUAUUUUUCAAUUUCAGAUAUCUCUUGACGAUAUUUUCAAAUGGUCGCCCGUGGUGUGGCUAGUCGGCGUCAUCGUUUGCGGCCUCUUAAUGAAUGCCUUCUUGCACAUUCGCAAAUUCCUCAAAACCCGACGAGCGAAGCGCCUCAGACAGCAGCAGAAUCUGCUGUAUUCGCUGAACCUGCCCUCCUCGUUCCCGUGCUUGGCGACGGCGAACCUGGAGGCGGGCUGUUGUCCGCAUUCGCCGCAUUCGAUUAUUAGGGAAAUGCAGAUUAUCCACAGCCCCGAGCCGCUGCCCAGCUACAAUCAGGCGGUCGUUGCGGCGCUCCGACCGCACUGGACGCCGCCAACUGCGAGCAGCGUAAGUCUUCGAGGGUUUUUGGAAGGGAUUUUGCGAUUUUUAGGCAAAAAAUUGGUAAAAAAUAUGAAAUUUUUUCCUCAGAUGUUGAUGAAAUUAUGCAAGAAAGCUAGUCCAGAAUCUUUUUUGGCAUAUUCCAUAUUUUUAACUCGCGCUUUGCAGAAAAAACGAAAAUAAUAUUUUUUCGAAACUUUAAAGAAUAAAAAACCUUUUAUUUUUUAGAGAAAAAUCCCAUUUUUUCGAUGACAGAAGCAUAAUUCUGCUAUAAAAAAUCAAUUUUUAAAUUUUAUAAAAUGUUGUCAAAAAAUAUUUUUUUAAAAUUUUAACUUUUUCCGCACUGUGCAAGCACAUCAAAAAAUUGCACUGUGCGGACGAAAAAAUAGGCUUAUUUUGGGCUUGCACAGUGCAAUAAAGUGACUUUUUUGCACCGUGCAAUUUUUUCGUAAAAUUUUUUAUCGUUUCAUAUUCGAUAUGAGCUUAUUAUAUUCAUCAUUAAUGCGUUCAAAUUUCAGUCCGACGAGCCGUUGCCCCCAACAUACUCGAUCACCUGCCUGAACGAGCCCGAAUCCGACCAGAUCUCUCUCCAGUCCGUCGCCGACGACACCGAUUCGCUGCUGAAUCGCGCGCCCUCCGAGGCCGACGCGCCGCCGGCCUACGAUCAGCUGAGUCAGGCGUCCGCCGCAUAA